AUGUCAAUCAUUCAGCGCAAUUUCUAUCUAUCUAUCUAUCUAUCUAUCUAUCUAUCUAUCUAUCUAUCUAUCUAUCUAUCUGUCUGUCUGUCUGUCUGUAUGUAUGUAUGUCUGUCUGUACAAUUUUUAUCAAUCUAUAUCUGUAUCUGUACAAUGUCUCUUUAUCCGUACAAUUUAUAUCUAUCUAUCUAUCUAUCUAUCUAUCUAUCUAUCUAUCUAUCUAUCUACAUUUUUAUGAAACAAUAUCUCUAUCUGUGCAAUUUCUAUCAAAUUUCUUUUUAUCUAUCUAUCUAUCUGUACAAUUUUUAUCAAACUAUCUCUCUAUCUGUACAAAUUUCUAUCUCUCUGUACAAUUGCUAUCUAUCUAUCUAUCUAUCUAUCUAUCUAUCUAUCUAUCUAUCUAUCUAUCUAUCUAUCUAUCUAUCUAUCUAUCUAUCUCCCAAAUUCUAUCUAUCUAUCUAUCUAUCUAUCUAUCUAUCUAUCUAUCUAUCUAUCUAUCUAUGCAUUUUCUAUCUACGUAAUUCCCAUCUAUCUUUGUUUUCAAUAUUAGCUCUGAUUUCUUUAUCUCCUUCAUUUGAUGUUUUAAAAAAAGGCUACCAUAGUUUCUAUCUCUCUGUCCCUCUGUCUAUCUAUCUAUCUAUCUAUUUGUACAAUUUUUAUCAAACUAUCUUCACAAUUUCUAUCUAUCUAUCUAUCUAUCUAUCUAUCUAUCUAUCUAUUUGUACAAUUUUUAUCAAACUAUCUAUCUUCACAAUUUCUAUCAAAUUUCUAUCUAUCUAUCUAUCUAUCUAUCUAUCUAUCUAUCUAUCUAUCUAUCUAUCUAUCUAUGUUUGUCUGUCUGUCUGUCUGUCUGUCUAUCUGUGUACAAUUUUUAUCAACCUAUCUCUCUAUCUGAAAUUUCUAUCGACCUGUACAAUUUCUAUCUAUCUAUCUAUCUAUCUGUACAAUUUAAAUCGAAAAUUUAUUUCAUUAUUGCCAUUCUCGCUGCUCGCUCCACUUUUUGUCAUCUAUUUCCACUUUUUUCUUCGAAUUUAUUUUUCUUCAUUCACUUUUACUACAGCCUCAUCUAGCCUCUACGAUAUUAUCUUUUACACCGUCUUUUCUCACCUGUUUCUUCUUUCUUUCUUAUCCACUAAUUUCUUUCUCUCCUUCAUCUAUUCAUUAUCUGACAUGACCUGUUCAUAUCUAUCUAUCUAUCUAUCUAUCUAUCUAUCUAUCUAUCUAUCAACGCGUCUCUAUUCAUGUCAUGAAUUCAACCUUGGCCCUCGUCUAUCUAUUUAUCUAUAUUUUUCCAUAUCUGCCUUUCUAUCUAUACUUCUCACAUCUACUUCUCUAUGCAUACUUCACAUCGCCACAUUUCUUUGCCGAUCCUUAGACCAGAUCCACAGCUUUCUUUCUUUCUUUCUUUCUUUCUUUCUUUUUCGUUCUUUGUUUCUUUCUUUGUUUCUUUCUUUUUUCUUUCUUUUGCUCUUUCGCUCUUUCUUUCUUUUUCUUUCUUUCUUUCUUUCUUUCUUUCUUUCUUUUGCUCUUUCUUUCUUUCUUUCUUUUGCUCUUUCUUUCUUUUUUCUUUCUUUCUUUUGCUCUUUCUUCCUUUCUUUCUUUUUUCUUUCUUUCUUUUGCACUUUCUUUCUUUCUUUUUUCUUUCUUUCUUUCUUUUGCUCUUUCUUUCUUUUGCUCUUUCUUUCUUUUUUUCUUUCUUUCUUUUGCUCUUUCUUUCUUUUUUCUUUCUUUCGGUCUUUCUUUCUUCUUUCUUUCUUUCUUUCGUUCGGUCUUUCUUUCUUUCUUUUGCUCUUUCUUUCUUUCUUUCUUUCUUUCGCGCUUUCUUUCUUUCGCGCUUUCUUUCGCGCUUUCUUUCUUUCUUUCUUUCGGUCGUUCUUUUUUCUUUCUUUCUUUCUUUCUUUUGCUCGUUUGUUCUUUCUUUAUUUAUUUCUUCUUUCUUUCUUUCGUUCGGUCUUUCUUUCUUUCUUUGAACUCACUCACUCUCGAUCAAUCUAUCUAUCUAUGAAUCCAUCUAUUUUUAUUGGCCGUAAUUUUUUCAAAAGUACACAGGGAUGCGUUCUUAUCACAACCAACUCAUAUCUUAUUUACUGUCAGUUUCUUUCCCGGAUCAUUAUGUAUCUUUCCACAGAUCGGGGUGCUAAUCCAUUUCCUCAACUAAUUAUUAAUACUAUAUCUCAUCCAGGUCAAUUGAUACUCCCCCAUUCUCUCUCUUUCUCUCUCUCUCUCUCUCUCUCUCUGCACUUGUCCACCUAA